CUUGCGGCUGAAGUCAAUUUUGGAGAAUUUCCCGUGAGUUCAUUUAACGGUGAUUUCGCUACAUAACAAAAUGAAAGCCGUUCAGGUUCCAAACAAGACGUCUCUGCUUUGCAAUAAUAAACUUGUUGUGAAGGAGGAGAAGCCAAGGAGGGUGACUCCAUCAGUUUUCACCCAGGAGAUGUUGCAGUCCACAGAGGAGCGCUUGGGUAACACCACAGAAGUGCACCCGCCUCGCAUCCUGGAGUUGCUUGACAUGACCAAGACAACACGUCACAAAUUGUCCCUGGUAGAUAUUGAUCAGCCGCUUUUCCAGCCCUACCCAUCUGAGAUGGUCUUCCAGAACUUCACCGCUGCACAGACCUAUAAGUUACCGCUGCUCCUCCUCAACAAUGACAAGGUUUCACGGCAGGUGAAAGUGGAGCAACAGGACUCAGAGUAUUUCCAUGUGGUAGGUCCAGAAGAUGGAGGAAGGAAGGUUGCACCAGGAAUACCGGCCACUUUCACAGUCUUCUUCACCCCACAGGAGAACAAGGACUACCGUCAUAAACUGUCUUUUGUGACAGAGAGGGAGCGCUUUGAGAUCCCAAUCCGUGCCAUUGGGCCACGUGCCAUUCUCGACUUUCGAGACAAGCUUCAUUUACCUGUUUGUCCUGUGAAAGCUUCCACACAGAAAACUCACCUUGUCCGCAACAUAGGAAACAGCAAAGCCAAGUUCAGUCUAGACACGCAGAGGCCUUUCUCAGUGACGCCCUCCUCCGGGACUCUUGACGUAGGCGAGAGCAUGCAGGUGACUGUGGUUUUCAGCCCCAUGACUGUAGGUGACCAUAUGCAGGACCUGCUUCUGCACUACCACACUGGUGAAGAUGUGUACAUCAGCCUGUUUGGGUCUUGUGAAGAACUCAGCCUCCAUCUCGAACCUGACUCUGUGCUGUUGAACAAGACUUAUAUCUCCAUGGCUAAUGUACGCACAGUGUCCCUCACUAACAGUAGUGAUAUCCCCCUUCAGUACUGUUGGACAGUGUGGCCCACCCAAACAAAGGAGGACUCAAGCUUGUUGAGGGAGAGCUCAGUGCUCCGUCAGAAAGAAGAGGAGGGGGAGCAGGAAUGGUUGCGUUUACAGAGGGAGCCCACAAAUAUUAACAACGUCUCGCUGCAGGACAACAGAACUCAGGCUGCGACUGACCACCUCCUGACCCUCUCACACAGCUGUAUAACUGUGGAACCAGCGGAGGGUGAAAUAUGGCCCAACACCACAGCACAGUUCAACAUUGUCUUUAAGCCAGAGGAAGCCAAACUUUACCAACAAACAAUGUACCUGGACGUCACAGGCCGUCAAUCUCUGUUACCCCUCACAAUCAAGGGUGAAGGUAUGGGGCCCAAACUCCAACUCAACUAUAACCUGAUGGACAUGAAAAAUGUAUUUAUAGGUGACAGAGACUGUUAUGAGGUGCAGGUAUCAAACAAAGGGCUGAUUGACGCCCCUUUCAAGUUGUCAAGCCCCGACACCACUUUCGGACGCUGUUUCUCCUUCAGUCUUGAGGAGGGUGUUGUUCCCUCGGGGGGCUGCCAGAUUGUGGAAGUCACCUUCCACAGUCGCAUCUUGGGAACUUUCUCUGAGGACUUGCGGUUAAUUGUAACCGGACAGCCUCAGCCACUGACCUUGACCUUCAGGGGGUGUGUCAUUGGACCCACAUUCCACUUCAAUGUUUCAGAGCUCAAUUUUGGAGACGUAGCCUUUGGUUUCCCACUAACAUCGAUUUGUACCCUCUUCAACACCUCCUUCGUGCCCAUGACUUUUGCCUUGCGUGUCCUGGGGGACGGCUUGGGGUCUCCCAGCGUUAACAGUGCUAAACAGGCAUCUGACGUGUCACGGAAAAAUUGGCACGGCCAUACCGCUGGAGACCUUCAUGCGCGGCCUAUGGAGUUCACUGUCAUCCCUGCUGCUGGCUCUGUGCGUGCCAUGUCGGAUGUUACAAUUAAGGUGGUGCUGUGCUCCAACACAGUGAAGAGAUACAGGCUGGCGCUGGUCGUGGAUGUCGAAGGUGUCGGGAAGGAAAUCAUGACUCUGCCUAUCAAUGCCAGGUGCGUUGUUCCUGAGAUUGUGGUGGAGCCACCACUGUUGAACUUUGAAAGGUGUUUCCUCGAUUACCCCUACAAACAGCAAGUGCGUCUGACCAACCCCAGCAAUCUGCCUGCUUGCUACGGCAUGCUUGAUCAGGAAGAUGAAGAAAAUCCUUUUCUGCUUUUUGGCAGUCCUGUUCCCAGAGGUCUGAUUCUCCCUGGUACUUCAGAGGAGCUUCCCGUUCUUUUGCUAGCUAAGGCCGUCGGAAGACUGCAUCACACUCUACGCAUUGCUGUGUUCGGCAGCCUCCAGCCACCCCUGGAGGUGGCCCUGUCUUGUAUUGGACAGGGACCGGUAGUUCAUGUUCACAACACACAGCUGUUCUUUGGAAAAAUCCCGGUCCUGACAGACGUUACCAGAACUGUGCAACUGUCGAACCAGUCCCCUAUUCCAGCUCACUUUACCACUCGCAUGGGCCACGGCCGGUCCUUCUGGCGUGUUGAGCCCAGUGAGGGGGAGGUUCCUCCUGAGAGCCAGCUGGAGCUCAAGGUUGUGGCACACCUGAAGGACACACUUUACUUUAAGGACUGUCUUGAGGUGUCUAUACAGGACAGUCAAAAGUACACUGUCCCUCUGUCAGCCACAGGCACUGGAACUACAAUUGUCAGCGACAGGCCUCUGGGCCCCAGCCUUGACCUUGGCACACACUUCAGCCAUGGGUCAUGCCAGUACCGCUUCAAGCUGACCAACCACGGCCAACGAGUACACCGGAUGUACUGGAGGACUGAUGGCUUCCAGUCCUCCACAAAAACCAACAAAGAGAGCAAACUGUCUGAACGAAACUUCCUACCACCCAUCAACACUCCCAGGAAGAGAGAUGUUUCGAACCGCGCAUCCAUACUCUCACCUAGCAGAGAGAAGCCGGUGUUCAGCCUCAGUCCAUCUCGUGUGGAGCUUUUUCCUGGCUGCUCCGUCGACAUGUUGCUGACAGGAUCUUUGGACUCUUCCAAGGUUGUACGCGAGCGUCUGGUGUGUAAUGGCAUUGUUGGUCGCCAAGGCCAUCAGGAAAACAUCAUGUCUGUAGAUGUCACUUGCCGCUUUGUGGCUCCGGUGCUCAGCAUUUCUUCAAAGCAGCUGAACUUCUACAUAAAGAAGGUUAAAGGAAAGCGUCUUCUGCCCCUUUAUGAAAAGCUGGUCUUGAAGAAUGUGUCCUCUCUGUCUCUGUCCAUGGAGCUCUCGCUCAUAGAGCCUUUUUCUUUGUGUGAAGCCCCAGGAGACAAUAGUUCCUCCACAACCAAGUCUCUGGUUCUAGGUGACAGGAGUCAGACUGAAUUGUGGGUCUGCUUUAAUCCUAAUUUCUAUCAGGAUCCAGUGUCACAAAUUGUGGAUGAGUUCCUUGAUGUCCAUUAUCUGGAACACCCGCACCAGGACACAGUGGAGCUACACGCCGAGGUCCACUACCCCAACCUCCACUUCUCCUCCACCACAGUAGAUUUCGGCUGCGUGUUCAACUGCACAGAGACUCACAGAGUCAUCACGAUCACCAACUGCUCCCCACUGCCUGUGUCCUACCGCUGGGCUUUUCUGGACGAUCGCAAACACCUCAACAAAAGAGAGUCACAUAUGCGAGAGGAAGAGGAGGAGAAAAACCAAAAGAAUCGGAUUGAAGAAGGGAGGAGUUCCUCUGGAAAGCUGUCUCCUGCCCUCCCAGUCCCCCUCGGCCCCAGGCCAUCUGCAGAUGAGCGGAGCAGCACACAGCACCCUGUGCGUGUGGAAGAGGUGUUUGAUAUCCUGCCCAUAUAUGGUCAUCUGCAACCUGGGGAAGAGCAGCUAGUCACGGCUUCUUUCUACGGCCAUGUAAAUGUCAGCAGAGAGGUGGUGGCGCAGUGCCAUGUGGAGGAGGGGCCUACAUACGAAGUCAAACUCAGGGGAGAAGCAUCAGUAAUCAGCUACAGCCUUGACUCUGCCCAUUUGGAUUUUGGUUUGCAGCUUUUUCAUUGUGUAGGGGAAGUUGAGGUGACCCUCAGGAAUACUGGCAAGGUGGGCUUCAAAUACAGCAUUACACAUGCUCAAAGAGAGGAGGAGGACGAGGAGGAGGAGGCAGGAAGGCAGAUGAAGGCCCUAGAGGAGGAUAUGCAGCAAACAGAUGCACAGCUGCAAACAGACAAUGAGGAAUGUGAAGAAGGGCAGGAGGUCAGGCCUGGCUGCCCCAUGGUCAUCCCCUCCGUGGGUUACAUCGAUGGCGGUAUGGAGCAGCGUCUGCGUGUGCUCUACCUUCCCGGGGUCCCUGAGGUCUUUAAGAAGCAGCUUCAGCUGCAGGUGGCUUUCCUACCACCACAGGACAUCACUCUGACUGGAGUGGGAGUCUACCCAAGGAUCAGCCUGGAUCUGCCACGAAACCUGUCAGAGGAGUGCUACAGUGACGUGGUGCAGCAGGCCAGAACAGCUGUGGAGGCAGAUAGAGAGGAGCUUACGAACAGAAUUACUGCUGGUGGAGGAGCAACGACAGAGCCUACCUGCACACUCACAUAUGAAGAGCUGCUUCACAUGGAGGUUGACAGAUUGCUGGUCAAAGGAAACGCUCUCGCCGUGUCUGACAGUCUCCUGGAGCUCAGAGACUCACAAAGUUCCUCCAGAAAGUGGCACAAAUUAAGCAAGUUUCAGCUUCCAGAGUAUGUUCUGGAUUUUGGUUACGUCAUUCCUGGCCAGGUCAUCAGUCACACUGUAAAUGUGACCAAUAGUGGAUCAAUACCUGUGUCCUUCCAAGCCAACUUCAAACGCCUUGCGGGCACAGGGUUCACAGCAGACUUUGAAAGGGUGAAGAACCUGCCCUGCGGCGAGACUCAGCCUUUCACAGUUCGAUGUGAUCCUCAGGGACCCGACCUGAAGAUGGGGGACAUGAGUGUUGUCAUGCCAAUACAGGUUGCAGGUGGUCCGAUGGUGCAGGUGCGUCUGUGUGCAGUGGUUACGAUGCCGUCCAUCACCGUUUCCACGGACACGCUGGAGUUUGACACGUUGCAGUGUGGCAUGUGUCAGAUAAAGACAAUACAGCUUCUGAACCACGAGCAAGUGCCUUGUCAGUGGAGCAUAGCUGAGGAGGUGAAACCUUUUAAAAAGGUCGAUAAGUUCCUGCCUCUUUAUGAGCGUAAGAAAGUCUUGCAGGAGAAGCGGCCGCCUCCGCUCAUGUUUGAGAUGAUUCCCAGUUCUGGUUUGCUGUCCCCUGGUGAACGGGUCAAUGUCCACAUCAAGUUCAGCCCUACUGAGGGGUGUGCUUACAACAGGCGGCUAGUGGUCCGCGUGGCUGAGAGCACCCAGCAGGUGUUCAUCACAGCUCAGGGUGAGGGUGAGGAGCCACAACUCGAGUUCUGUCCUGCAGCGCUGGAGCUGGGGCCUUGCCUUCCUGCCAGCACUGAGGUUGAAGCUGAGGUCACAGUCAAAAACCCCUGCUCUUUCCCCAUCGAGUUCUACUCCCUGGAGUUUGACACGCAGUACCUCAAGGAAGAAAAGAUCCUGCGUAUGAUGCAGGGUUAUGAUGAGAACAACGUGUUGCUGCUUCCUCCCAGGGCCCCUUAUGAAAGUCUUCCUCCAGAACUGCUUGACUGCUACAAGGACGAUUCCUCCGAGCUGAAGGAUGAGGAUAAAGAAGAAGCUGAGAAAGAUCCAGAAAUUAGGACUCUGACUGUGAAACCAGCUGAAAUACUUGUUUCAGAGUUGACCAGCAGCAACUGCAGACUGGGACAGUUAGAGAUGACACCCGUCUCUAGAGCGAUCGCCCGCCAUAUGGGUGUUGACCUGUCACCCGAGGGUCAGGCUGCACGCAACCGCAGAGGCAUCGCCAUCAUCGUAUAUGGAGCCCCAAUGACAGGGAAGAGCAGCACAGCAGCCGACCUGGCACGUUACUACGGAGCGGCGUGCCUGAAUGUUGACGCUGUGGUUACAGAUGUGCUUCUAAAUGGCACUUCUCCUGUCAGCCUGACAGCAAGACAGCUGUAUGAGUGCGCUGCAGCAGAGUAUGCUCAGAAGAAGGCUGAGGAAGCUGCUCAGGGUGUUGGAGAUACUACAGAAUCAGGAACUUCACCGCCUUUUGAAUCAUCAGAUCACAACUCGGCUCCAGCUACACUUGAUACUGUGGAGGUUGUGGAAAACCCCAGUGAGGAUAACUGCAGUAAAAAUGGCACCAAGGCUCAUGUAGAGGCUGAAAGUACACACGUGGCCCUUUGCCUGGGAGGAGACGUCAGGACACUCAGCAGUCUCUUGCCUGAACAGCUCCUUGUUGAUAUACUGGCAGAGAGAUUCCAGUUAAGUGACUGCCACCAUGGAAUAAUGAUUGACGGCCUGGAGUCAGUCUACAAUCCGUUUGCAGCAAGAACACUGCAAGUUCUCCUGAAGGCCCUUAAUAACCGUAAACACAUCUACGUAGUCAACUUGUCUGACUCCUACGCUGCCUUGAAAGGACGGCAAAAAGCCGAGAGAGAAGCUGAAGAGGCUCUGCAGAAGGAGACGGCUGACAGGGAGGAGCGGUGGCUGCAGGAACUGGAUGAGGAGGAGUAUGACGCUCUGCCAGAGGAGGAGAAGGAGCGUAUCGCCCAGCGACGCAGAGAGGAACUCCGGCAGCAGAAACUCAGGGAGCUCGAGCAGAUGGAAAGAGCACAGGAAGAGAAGAGGCAACAGGAGGACUUGAAGAGGUUGCAAGAAGAAGAGUUGAAGAAGAAGACUAAAAAGGGAGGAAAGAAGGACACUAAAGAAGGGUCAAGGAAGAAGAGCUUACUGGAUGGAAAGCAGUUAACAGAAACAUCAGAUGGGAGGAGGAUUUCUCCCAGUGAGAACUCUAAAGAGUUACAAGAAGAUGCAAGAGAACAACAGCAUUUGAAUGAAGUUCACCAUGGCAAAGAUGCUAAUGCUUUACCAAAACAGACAGAGGAAACCAAAGCAUUACACGCAGAGUCUCCUCCAACCACAGGCAAACUGGAGAAAGAAAAGACUGCAGAAACAGCAGAGAUGAAGAAACCAGGGGAAGAAAAAGACUUGAAGAAAGGCAAAAAGGUGGGAGAGAGUGACAAUAAAGAAGUAACAGGGAAGAAGGGUCACCAUGCAGGAAAAGAGUCUGCUGGAACCAACUCCAAAGAGUCAUCGGAGGAUGCAAAAGAGCUGCAGAAUUUAAAUGAAGUGUCUCAAACUAAAGAAGCUGAUCACUCACAUAAGAAGAAAGAUGAAUCAAAACAACCACAUGCUGAGUCUCCUACGGAGAAGCUGGAGGCAGAAAUGUCCAUUGUGGAUGAGCUCCAUUCUCAGUUUAUUGAGUAUGAGGAAACCCAGGUUCAGGUAGAGCACAUCCUGCAGCACUGGGAUCGGGCCCAGGUUUCCCUGCUGGUCCCACUUCCCAGUGAAGAAGCCCCACCAGGGCCAGAUGAACUCCUUACAGAUAAACAGUCCCCUGUUGGAAAGAAGAGCAAGAAAGUCAAUAACAAGACCUUAUCUCCAGUGCCGAGUCAGACAGCAGCACUAGCGGAAGUGGAGACGCCUGAAGACAAGGUGUCUCCACCAGACAUCAUUCCUCACAUUGUGCUUAAUGGACCAGUGAAAGACUGUGUUAGUGCCAUGGAGCUUCUUAAAGGCAGCGCCCUGCCUCCACUGGAUGAGGUGUUGGAUGAUUUGGGUCUGGGGCCAAGCGGACCACAAAUCCCUCCUCCCACCACCUUCUCUAUUGUUCCCUUCCCCAAACACAGAGAGCAAGCUCCUGUUAAAGAGAGCUGUUUUACAUUCCUGGUUCCUUCAGGCCUGGACGAGCAGGAAGUAGACAAGAAAGAUUCAGAGGAAGAUGCACUAGCAUCAGUCCUAAAGGAAGAGGCAGAAGAAACACCCUCCAAGAGCCGGAACAGGGGCAGCGUUAAGGAGAGCGCAGCGUCAAAGGAGAAAGAUAAAAAGGGGAGAGAGAGUCAGAAAAGCAGGAGACGAACCUCCGCCAAGAAAAAAACGAAAGCCCCUGACACUUCUGAUACAGUUACACGUUCUUCACCCAGCCGUGAGAAAACAGACCAAAACCAACACCAAGGAAACCUAGAGCAGAAACGCAGCCAGAGCCUGACAACCUUUCGCUGGGUUGCACCAGCCAACGGUGAGGUGGUUCUGAAGAUCUGGUUCUACUCAGAGGCACCGGGGAAGUUCGAACAGGCCUUCAACUUUGAACUAGUGGGGGCCCAAAGACACUACCAACUCACCUGCAGAGGAAUUUGCACAUAUCCCUCCAUCUGCAACAAUUACAUGACUCUUUUUGCCUUUAGUAAGAAGGUGCCACACAUGAAAGAAGAGCUUCAGAGGGCCUACGUAGUCAAAUCCGGAUACUUUGAGUUUGGACCUUUACUCUGUAGCAAGACCAGAGACAGAUACAAGGAAAUCAGGUAUCCAGAGAACACAGAGAAGCUGAUGAUUCUUAACAACUCAGGUCUGGAGGCUGAGGUCGAGUUCAGUUUCCAGCAUGAUACACAGGCCACCACGUACCUGCUGGAACCCCCAACCAUGACCCUCCAACCUGGACAGAAACAGGAGCUGACCGUGUGGGCCUACCCAACAAAACUGGGCCAAAUAAAGGACAGCGUAGUGUGCCAUGUCAAAGACAACCCAGAGGUUGUGGUAAUCAACCUCUCUUGCUGGGGGGUUCGACCAGAGCUGGAGGUGGAAAGCAAGCAUCUGCACUUUGACAGGAUUCUCCUACACAGGAAAGACAGCCGCAGUAUGACGAUGCAUAAUAAGACAGCGCUGCCAGUGUCAUGGAGACUGCAGGGUGUGGAGGAGUUGGGUGGAGACUUCAGUGUGUCACAGGAUCAGGGCGUCAUCUCACCUAACUCCUCUUGCCUUUUAAGCUUACACUUCAGGGCCAGAAAGCCACAGGCUGUUAAGAAGUUCUUACGCCUGGAGGUGUCUGAUGUUGAGAAGAUUCUAGGAAUUGUGCACACUGAAAACAUACUGGUUACUGCUGAACCCUAUGACAUAGCUCUGGACAUCACACCAGAUGGCUGUCUAGACUUUGGGACCAUCAGAGUCUUUGAAGAAGCCAAACUGUCUCUCAGACUGAAAAACCAAGGAAAAUAUGAAAUAGCCUAUAAGUUUAUGUUUGAGCAGACGGACCCAACUCAGCCAAAUCUAGAAUCCAUUUUCACGGUGUCCCCGAGGAGUGGGACUUUAAUGCCCCAGGAGAAGCCGACAUCGGUUCACAUCCUCUGCAAACCCACCACGGAAAUCUUAAUUAAAGAACAACCUGUCCUGCCUUGUAAGGUGAUCGAACCAAACAUCGGGAAUGGAGGAGAAACCAUAGCCAUCUUAGCCAUCAAGGUUACAGUCAAGUCGGUUUUCUCCAGAUACAAUAUCACGCCUGCGUGUGACAUCAACUUUGGUCCACUGGUCUACGGUUGCAAGAAAAGUCAGAGUUUCACCAUUGAAAACAGUGGAGUCUUUGAGACGUCUUUCAGCAUCUGCCGCAUGAUCAUAGACCCUGUGCUUCCAGGGAUACCAGGGAGUCCAGGUAAGACGGUACCAGGAGAGAAGCACCCUGGUGCCAGCAUCAAAGCGAAACGAGAUUCCAUCCAGAAAGACACGAUUUAUCCACAGAAUCGCCUCACUAUGGGGGUGUUCUCAGUUUCUCCCUGCACGGGGAGCCUGCAGCCAGGGUCUCAGCAGCUCGUGACGGUUGAAUGUGCAGCCGAACAGCUGGGCAGCUGGAAGCAGGCUUUGCUCAUUGACAUCAGUGGUCGCGACCCCUCACACCACCCUGACGGCAUACCCUACCAACUGCUGGCUGAAGUGUGCAAGCCAGGCAUAGCCUUAGACAUAGCCUCCAUCUUUGAGGAACACCAUGUGUGCCGCAGUAGCAGCCAGCUCUCCUCUGAACAGUUUUGCCGUGCUGAAGGCAUUUAUGUCCAGGAUGAGAAUAAGUUUAUUUUUAACAAAGCCGUAGUGGGACGAACCUCUCAGGCUCGCUUCAAACUCAUCAACAACAGCAAAGUUCCCUGUGAAAUAAACUUGGGCAUCAGACAGGUUGGACCCAAGUCUUCCAGAAACGUGGAGGUUUACGAUUUGUCGACUACAGCGCUGAGCAUCCCCAGCCAGUCACAUGCUUUUGUUGCGGUCAUGUUUACGCCUCCAAUAAUGCAGCCUUACAGUGCUGUGUUUGAGGCCACAAUGGAAGGGGCCACCAGAAUGACACCAACAUCAAAGAGCAAGGUGCUGGAGUUUGAGGUAACGGGAGAGGGCACCCUGCCUAGUGUGUGUGUAGUGCGCCCGGCUCUGAGGACCAGUGGAGGAAGCCCAAUGCUGCAGUUCAGACGGGUAUUGGUGGGGCGCAGACACACCCUGCCCCUGGUGCUGCUAAAUGAUGGAAAUAUUCCAGCCCAGGUCCAGAUUGACAUGCUGGAUAAACACGGUGUGUUCACAUUCAAAGCUGCUCCUGGUAACGCUUGCAGCUCCAUUCAGUCUACACAGCUUGAAGGUUCCACUGAUUCAGACCAUCACUUGGUGCACAGAGCUGUCCUGAAGCUGAAUGUCAAUGAGCUGGUGGAGUUUGAGGUCAGCUUCUGCUCUGACAAACCCCUGAGUGUCAAGGCAAAAAUGACACUACAGGUGGAGGACAACCAGUACAGCAACACCACAAUACGAGUGACGGCAGAGGCUUACCAGCAAAUGGUCUCUCUCGACAACAUCAGCAGGCCAUUAGAGGAAAUGGGUCUGGAAGAUGAUGAAGAAGUUAAUUAUGACGUGCUGGAUUUUGGCGACUGCCAUGUUGACCGUCCAUAUCAAAAGAGUUUCACCAUGACCAACCACAGCAGUAGCCAGGCUGUGAGGUUUGAGUGGCCUCCUAGUGGACCCGAUGUCGUCUUUUCACCACAGGUGGGCCACCUUCAUGCUGGUUGCUCUAAGGAAGUGACUGUCACCUUCAGCUCCAGUCAACCAGUGACUCUCAGCAGGCAGCCAAUGAGAUGUAAGGUUUGUCAGGUGCAGUUCCAGCUGCCCGUCGAUCAGGUGGCCGACUGGGACGACCGACAGAGGACGGUGCAGUGGCUGAGUUCUUCACAGCAGACUUCAGAAUCAUCCCAGCAGCCAGAGAAGAACAAGGUGAUAAAGACGGAUCCUGAGCCCUGCUGCUCCGUGGUGGAGGGGUCUCAGUGGGAGCUGGAUUUGCGGAUCAGUGCAGUUUGUGACUACGUGAAGUUGAGCUGCAACGUCGACAGCCUCCUCUUCAAAGACACCAUGCUUUACCAAACCAGAAUCCACGAAUUGCAGAUAGUGAAUGAGGGCUGUGUGCAACUGGAAUUCUCCUGGCAUGUUCUCAUGGAUCCGACCAGCAACAUCAUUAACUGUGACCAAGAUGGGACCUCCACCUCCCGACCUGGCAGCAGGUUGGCAGGAGCACUGACCGGUGCCCGUCCUUCCAGUGCUCUGGCCAGCGUGAUGUCUCUUCUGAUGGGGAACCCUGAGCUGCCCCCUUUCAACGUUGACCCCAACGUAGGGGUUAUAGAAGCUGGUGCCAUGCAGAACUUCAACAUUCGCUUUUCACCCCUGGAGGUGGCCCAGUUUGAGGGAAAGCUCUUGUGCAGCAUCCACAACUUGCAGCAUGGCGAUCAGGCCCCAAGUGUCUUGGUGAGUGGCCGCAGCCUGUUGCCUCACUGCCACUUUGACUUGGAGGACUCAGACUACAUCAGUGGGAGCCGCCGCCAUCCUGAGUUCAGGACCCCUCUGGACCCCAACACCAGGGUGCUAGAGUUCAGUGCUGUUGGCUUUUCUGCAUCAUCAAUAAGAUGUUUCAGUGUGGUGAACCCAACCAGUAAGCCCUACUCAUUCAAAUGGAGGUGUGAAGAUACAGGCGACAGUCUAUUCCGCUGUCUCACCCCAUGUGGUUCCAUUGAACCUGGAAAGAAAGUGGAAGUGUGUUUUGAAUACGUAGCUGAGCAGCUGGAAGCAGUGGAGUCAUUCUGGAGUUUUGUGAUUGAGACGCUGUCGCUUUCUAUUCCCUUCCUGUGUGUGGGCACCACCAGAGAACCUUUCGUCUAUCUCGACAGACCUCACCUCGAUUUCGGGGAACUGCUUGUUGGUCGUAAAGUGGAGCAGACAUUUGAUGUGGUGAACGGAGAGGAGGAGUCCUUCUGUUUCUCUGUUCUGCAGUCAUCACUUCUCAGUGAAGACCAGCAGUCCAGCCUCGUUUUGCAGCCAAUGACUGGCACAGUGGCACCAAAAGACAGGUUGCCAGUCACAGUGUCCUUCAUGCCUUCCUCUGAGGGAUAUGUUAGUUUCCGACUGGUUCUGAGGGUGAAAAGCAAGUCAGAGCCACUUGCACUGACCGUUAAGGCGGACUGCUUUACCAUGAGCACUUCUGUUCAAGUUGAGGAACCUGACGGGAGCCUCAGAGAGAUCACCCCCAACCACCGAGAUGAUCUGGACUUUGGAAAAGUGGGUGUUUCAGAGCAGUCCACCUUUAACUUCCUGGUGUCGAACCUGGCAAGAUUCAUCCUGGAAGUGAGCUUUGACUUAACAGGUCCCCAAGAGCUGCUGCAACAUUUAGAGGCAAAACCACAGAAGGCUGCUAUUGAGAUUGGGCAGCAACUGCAGUUAUCACUGUUCUUUUGUCCCCAAAGCAUUUGCAACCUCCAGGACGUCAGACUGAAUAUCAAGGUGAAGCACGGGCCGACAUUUACCUUUGCCAUUAAAGGCAGGGCUGUAGCGCCUAGCCUCGAAUUCUCCUCCACCAAGUUCAACUUUGGCAAGAGCUUCCUGUUCUGUCCCGGCAUGCUGGCUCCAUCUCAGACUCUAGCGAUAAGCAACAAAGGCAAAAGAGACAUCAGCGUCCAGUGCCAGUUCAAGAACACCGCUUUCUUGGAGAUGGACUUCCAACCAGAGGUGUUGUCCCCUGGUGCUGUGAUGGAGGUACCAAUCACCUUCUAUCCUCGUGAGGCUCGUCGGUACCAUGAAAAGCUCACCUUCAUCUUAAACAGCUGCGUGACAAAACAGGUGGAUGUACUGGGCCAAGGUGUGGAGAUGAAGCUGGAAGUGGAGGAUCCACGGCAGAGGAAGGUGAAGCUGGGAUGUCUGACGAUGGGUCAGAAGGUGAAAAAACAGGUGGUUCUUGUCAACCGCAGCAGUUUAGAGCUUUCUUUCACCCUGAUGGUCAACACAAACACACCACUGGACCCAAAGGAUCUGUCUUUCAGUCCGACCGGCGAGCUGAAACUGAAAUCAAACGGGGGGACGUGUAAUGUUGAGAUCCAGUUCUCACCGCGUCAGCUCAUUGCUCCGUUCACUGUUGAGCUCCAGGCGGAGUUUGUGGGCUGGUUACACCCCCUGCUGACCAUCCAAGGAUGCUGCCAGGGUGUGGAGGUCCAGCUGGACCAGGACCACCUGUCCUUUGGGGCUGUGGUACAGCGCUGCCAGACCAAGAAGAAAAUUGUCAUGAUGAACACUGGUGACAUUGGUGCUAGGUUCCACUGGAAAACGGAGAAUUUUCCUGCAGAGCUGUCCAUCGCUCCAGCUAAAGGCUACAUCUGCCCGGGGAUGGAGGUUCCAUUUGAACUGACUUUUGCCCCCGUGGAGCUGAGUAAUGACACGAGAUAUGAGAACCUGUCCUGCUCUGUCGAGGGCUUCUCCUCACCUGUUACACUCACUGUCACUGGCUCCUGCAUCGCAGCCUCCACUAACAAAGAGGUGGUACAUUUUGUGUGUCCAGUACGAAGCUCUCACACUCAGAGCCUUUCUGUCCUCAACCCCACAAACGAGCGCUGCAGCAUCAGACCGGUCAUUGAGGGCAAGCAGUGGAGCGCUGCACUCUUUGUGACCUUUGAGCCAAACCAAAACAAGAUAUAUGAGAUCACCUAUCGACCACUCACCAUGACUGCUGAUGGAAAGAAAGACCUGGGAUCCGUCUUCUUCUCCUUCCCUGAUGGGACGGGCAUACUGUACUCCCUGCAAGGAACUGCUGAUCCUCCUAAGGCAGAGGACACCAUUGUCCACGAGCUACCAGCCAAGACUCACCACUCUGAGAUGCUCCCUGUGCACAACUGGCUCUCUAGGCAACAGCGGUUCCAUGUGCUGAUCGAGAUAAUGAAGCCAGAAAAAACAGAUGCUACAGUUUCCCUCAGUGGCCUCGAAUACAUCGAUGUCCCUGCUCUGUCCACGAGGGACUACAAGAUGUCUUUCUUUACAUACAGAGACGGGCAAUUUAACACCAAGGUGACGUUCCAUAAUGAGGUGACAGGUGAGUACUUGUUCUACCUCGUUACCUUCAAGGCCACAUCUCCAGGAGUCCUAUCCACCAUCGAGCUGGAGACUGUUGUUCGCCGCAUGGCCUCGGGUACUGUGGAGGUGGAGAACCCCCUGACCUCAUCGAUCUGCCUCACCCCUGAGUGUAAAUGCCCAGAAAUCAGUGCUCCGCCCCAGCACACUGUGCCAGGACAAUCCAAGGGCGUUAUGAGCUUCGAGUACCAGCCCCUGCGAGCAGGCGAGUCUACAGCGCGGCUGACGCUGCUCAGCAACGAUCUGGGCUACUUCCACUACGACCUCCUGCUCAGAGCUCUGCCCCCACCACCGGAGAAAACCGUCUACUUCAACGCUUCGCUGGGCAGCAGCCACAGUGUCCUUGUCAAGUUCACCAACUACUCCCGCAACAAAACUGAAUACUCCUGUAAGACUGAUUGCCCAGAUUUCUCCGUGGACAGGAGUGUCAGUGCCUCUCCGGGUUUCCAGGCGGGGUCAGAGGUCAGCGUGGAGGUGUGCUUCGAGCCUCAUCAGCUGGGGCAGGUCAGAGGCCAGCUCAGCCUGUGCUCAGGAACUGGUGGCGAAUACAUCUUUCCUUUGCACGGGGUCAGCCUCCCCCCGAAAGCUCAGGGCCCGUUCAGCAUCAGGGCCGGUCGCAACGUCUCUAUCCCCUUCAAGAACGUCUUCCUGCAAACCACUGCUUUCUCUUUCCAGGUUGACAACCCCAGCUUUACCGUCAAAGGAGUCGACAGUGUCCCCUCCAAGAAGAGCCAAAACAUCCAGGUGUCUUUUGAAGCUCCUUCAGGAGGCUCUCCGGGACCGUGGUUUGGCAAGUUGACCAUCUCUAGCCAGCGAUCUGAGGGCCACAGCAAGCCCUGCUCAUGGAUCUAUUACCUGAAGGGCUACCGCCUCGAGUCGUCUUAGAGACACAUAUAGAAGAGGACAACACACACAGAUGCCAAGAUAAAUUCUCACAGGGAUCAAUUUAAGCUACAUGACUUUAUAUUAAAUAGUUCACAGAUUAUUUAUUUCCAAUGUUAAUGUUAAAAAUACAGGCCAGGAUUACCUUGUGUUUAUUUCUGCGCUUUAA